AUUAGUUGGACGCUAGAUAGGAGAACAACAAGCUACUUAGACUUCUUUCAGAUAUUUAAAAGCAAAAAAAUGCAUUAUUCUUCUUUUAUUGAUUUAAUGGCAAUGCUGACAGUUUUUGUGACAAUUUUACUGCUUAUGUUUUGCUGUACGUGUUGGCUGAGAGUUGUUAGGACUCCGAAUGAUAUUUAUUAUAAACCUAAAAAUGUUGACUUCAAGAGACGAAGAAGAAGUCUCUCGCCAGUGCCUUACAAAGUUUAUGUAGUGGAAAUUCCAUCAGACGGAAGUAAAAAGCAACUUCAAGAAGAGCUGAAAUACUUGGAAUAUGCUAUAAUUUAAACCAACAUGACAUAUGAUUUUGUAAAUUUUUUCUGCUUUAUUAUUCAUCCAAAAAGAGAAUUUUUCAAAGUUUGACGCUUACAUCAAUUUAUUACUAGAUUAAUUUUCUUGUUUAUUAUUUUUUUUCUCACUUACAAUUAAAUCAUUUUUUAAAUUGUUAUAUUAGAUCAUUAAAUUUUUACUUUCUGCCUUAAAUUUAAUAACAUUGGACAUUAUGUGUUUAUUAAUUUUUUUAAUUUUUUUAUUUAUCAAUUCUGUAACUGUAUAACAAUCAUCAUCAAAUUGCUACUUUAAUGUGGAACUACGAACGUUUGUUACUUAACUCUUUUUUUAUAUGUUUCUUAUUAUUGUUAUUCUUCUUUUUAUUAUGUGUGUAUGAGUGUGGAAAAAUAUUUAUUUACUUUUUUUUUAUUAUUUUACUUCUCAAAGUUUCACUUUAGAAAAUAUUUUUUGAUCUGUUUCAUGUUUUUCGUCUACAAAAAAUAAUAUAUUAUUUGGUUCUGAAUGAGAUAAUUGUAAACGCUGGUUUUUAUCUGUUUUUUGAGGCAACAGAAGUGACACUAGAAAGAUGUUUUUGACAAAAGUUUAAUGACAUUCGUUUCAGAUAACAAAGAUAAAGGAGAUUAUCGUGUUGAUUCACACUUUGAGAGGCUUACAGUAUAGAACUCUUGGUUAAUAUAAAUGUGAUUAUUGCUUGAUUUUAGUUUGAAGAUUUAAAGCUAUUUAAUUUUUGGAAUAAAGUUUUUAAACGGAUUUUUGAAAUUCAAAUUUUAUUCGAUCUUUACGAGGUUCAAAAAUUUAAAUUAUUUGAAACCGUUAUUUUUUGAACUUCACAAAUCCGUUAAAUUGAGGGUUUAAAAUUUAGUAACACUUCUUUUGCUCCAAAAAAGCUCUCGCAACACUCCGAAAAUUCUUUCCUUUCAAUGUUUAUAAACGUGUGUUUGUGUGUCUGUGGUAACAUACAUAGAGAAAAACAUGAUUUAUUUUUGCGUAAAUGGCAUGUAAUCUUAUUAAUUAAAUUAGGAAAUGAAGACAUAAGAUCAAAAAAAAAGUUAAUUGAAUAAAGAAAAUGUUUUUUCUUAAUGGAUUUAAAAAAAAAUCUUUCACAUUGUAUCGUGUGUUAAUAAUUAAUAGCUUAAAUCUCUCUUACAUCAAUAGUACUAUACUGAAUUCUUUUCAUCGAUAUCAUCUACUUCUUAGUUCAAUUUUUAUCCAUGUUAACACCAUCCAAUUCUAAUAAACUCCCAUAAUAAGCAUUUUAAAACUUUUCGCACUUCUACUUAUCCAAAAAAAGUUAUUAUUUAAUUUGAAAUAUUUUUUAAUUUAAAAUAUUGAUAAAACUUUUGAUUAAAUGUAGGUCGAUUUGAAAUGAUUGAUAGAGAUAAAUUUUUGAUUAAAUUUAGUCACAGAACUAGACCGUUAAUUUUGAUAAUAAUUUAAGAAAAAUAAAAAAAAAUUAAAGUUUUUUUCAUUUCCAUUAAAGAAGUUUUUUUUGGAAAAGAAAAAAAUAUCGCAAUUCGCUUAUUUUCUCUUGUGAAUUAAUUUAAAAAAUAAAAAUUGUUUAUACGCAAACUACAUUUGCUGAUUUUGAGAUCAAUCAUAGCUCCAUAUCUUUCGCUUCAUCUUCAUCACUAAAAUCUGAUACUUCCGAGUCGGAACUGUCUUCUUUACUCUCGGUCUCACGAAGAGCUUCUUCAGUGGCGAAUCGACGUACAUAAUCUGCAUAGUCA